UCUAUCCAAAAGGUGGGCAAAUCUAUGGAAGGAUAUACCCAGAAUUACGCUGUGAGAAGGAGAUCAUCAGAAUAGGCAGCAAUUCGUUGACUUUGUGAGGAGAUUGUUGGUUGUUCGUGAUUGCUCAAAACUUGAAAUGCUAUCUCUCUGUUGUAAAGUUGGUGAUGAUACUUCUCUGGUUAAUGAGUGGUUGCAUGCUUUUAUCAACCCAAAAAUUCAAGAAUUGAGUCUUGACUUCGAUAAUGUUGAGGAACCAUUGGUUUUCCCUGACCACCUGUUUACUUGUGCAACAUUGACAUGGUUCCGACUGAGUAUGAACCGUAUUUUCGACCUUCCUUCCUCCAUUCAUUUUCAAAGUCUCAGGAAAUUGAUUUUGAUGCAUGUUAUACUCCCUGAUGGUUCUUCAACGCAACGGCUUUUCUCUUCUUGUCCAUCACUGGAGGACUUGGCCCUAAUGGAUUGUGAUUGGGAGAAUGUUACAACAGAUGUUUGUAUUUCUUCUCCAAUGCUUCAGACAUUGACCAUAACGGAGUGGGAUGAAGAUUGGGGUAGGAAUGGAUUAAAGCGCCGUAAAGUAGUGAUCAUUGGAAAUAAUCUGAAGUCUAUAUCCCUGGGCGGUGAUGUCAGUAAUGAUUAUUUUUUACUUAACUCAACCUCAGUGACUGAUGCAUCUAUUGAACUUCAAGCCCCGGAUGUUUGGUGGACUGAUGAUUGGAAAAUAGAUACGGGCUAUUUUAUAUUCAGACUUCUUAGAGAGAUCCCAAAAGUGGAAAAACUUUCAUUUUCUGAUAAUGUUCUUGAGGCUAUUAGCUUCACACUACCUUUACUUCAGCGUCUACCUUUGUUAUGUAAUUUGGCUGAACUUCACGUGAUGGGAGCGACAGUGCCUGUAGAUUUGUCUUGUGAAGGAUUGAUGACCAUACUACAAAAGUCAUAUUGUCUCAGAGAACUUCACUUUGAAUUGGGAGGGGUCUCUCUAUCUAAAAAGAAGGAGGACUAUAUAUUGGAUACAUUACCUGUAUGUUUUAAGAAACACCUCAAGAUAAUUACGAUAUGUGGCUGUUCUGGGUCUAAAGGAGAGCUAAAUGCAAUCAGAGUAUUAUUACAAGCAGCAUCAGUUUUGGAGACACUCUCUAUUAGUUGUUUUUCUCCUGAGUUUCCUGAUUUUGACACUCCAGAGGGAUCAAAGAGUUUAAGCAAGAUGUUUGGUAAGAUUUUAUGUUUUCCUAGAGGGUCAGUGGAUUGUGACAUUAAAUUUGAUUUUAUUUGAAGUGAAAAUGGAAAGAAUAGAGGAACGACAGUGCUUUCAUUGAAUUUUGAGCUAUGUAAACCUUUACGAUUUGACAGAGAUUUUAAAAAGACAUUGCAUUCGAAUGAA